AUGGCACUUUCUAUGCACAAGGACUCAGCCAACAGCCAGAUGGAUUCAAGCAAGUAUGUGAGGUACACACCUGAGCAGGUCGAGGCUUUGGAGAGGGUCUAUGCCGAGUGCCCUAAGCCAAGUUCUUUGCGGAGGCAGCAACUCAUCAGAGAGUGCCCCAUCCUUUCCAAUAUUGAACCCAAACAAAUUAAAGUUUGGUUUCAGAACAGAAGGUGUCGUGAGAAGCAGAGGAAGGAAGCUUCUCGGCUGCAGACAGUGAACAGAAAGCUGACUGCGAUGAACAAGCUGUUAAUGGAAGAGAAUGACCGUUUGCAGAAGCAGGUUUCUCAUCUCGUUUACGAGAAUGGAUUUAUGAAGCAACAGAUACAAACUGCCUCUGCUGGCACCACCACAGACAAUAGCUGUGAGUCUGUGGUAAUGAGUGGUCAGAAUCAACAGCAAAACCCAACUCCUCAGCAUCCCAACAGGGAUGCUAACAACCCAGCUGGUCUUCUCGCCAUAGCAGAGGAGACCCUGGCAGAGUUCCUUUCCAAGGCUACUGGAACUGCUGUCGACUGGGUCCAGAUGAUUGGGAUGAAGCCUGGUCCGGAUUCGAUUGGAAUCGUUGCUGUUUCCCGCAACUGUAGUGGGGUGGCAGCACGAGCCUGCGGCCUUGUGAGUCUAGAACCCACUAAGGUUGCUGAGAUUCUUAAAGAUCGGCAGUCGUGGUAUCGUGACUGCCGUUGCGUGGACGUGUUGAGUAUAGUCCCCACAGGAAAUGGGGGCACCAUUGAGCUCAUGUACAUGCAGACAUAUGCUCCCACGACAUUGGCAGCUGCACGGGACUUUUGGACACUGAGAUACACGACAAGUUUGGAAGAUGGAAGUCUUGUGAUAUGUGAGAGAUCGUUGACAUCCUCGACUGGUGGCCCCACAGGGCCUCCUUCUACAACCUUCGUAAGAGCUGAAAUGCUUCCCAGUGGUUAUCUCAUUAGACCUUGUGAGGGUGGUGGAUCCAUUAUUCACAUAGUUGAUCAUAUUGAUUUAGAUGUAUGGAGUGUCCCUGAAGUACUGAGGCCCCUGUACGAAUCAUCAAAAAUCUUGGCUCAGAAAUUGACCAUUGCUGCCCUGCAACAUAUAAGACAGAUAGCACAAGAAUCAAGUGGAGAAAUUCAGUAUGGUGGGGGACGUCAGCCUGCUGUAUUGAGAACAUUUAGUCAGAGACUUUGCAGGGGCUUUAAUGAUGCUGUGAAUGGGUUUGUUGAUGAUGGUUGGUCGCUGAUGGGUACUGACGGGGUGGAAGAUGUGACUAUUGCCAUAAACUCUUCUCCGAACAAAUUUUUGGGGUCCAAUUACAAUGCCUCCAUGUUCCCAGCAUUUGGAGGUGGGGUCUUGUGUGCCAAGGCAUCAAUGCUUCUGCAGAAUGUUCCACCUGCUUUGCUAGUUCGAUUUUUGAGAGAGCAUCGAUCAGAAUGGGCUGAUUAUGGGGUUGAUGCAUACUCUGCUGCCUGCCUUAAAGCUAGUCCCUAUGCAGUUCCCUGUGCAAGACCUGGUGGCUUCCCCAGCAACCAGGUCAUUUUACCUCUUGCUCAUACUAUUGAGCAUGAAGAGUUCCUGGAGGUGGUUCGCAUAGAGGGUCAUGCAUUUUCUCCCGAGGAUGUUGCCAUGGCACGAGAUAUGUAUCUAUUGCAGCUUUGCAGUGGAGUUGAUGAAAAUGCAAUCGGGGCAUGUGCUCAACUUGUGUUUGCACCUAUUGAUGAGUCGUUUGCGGAUGAUGCUCUGUUACUGCCAUCUGGUUUUCGUGUCAUUCCAUUGGAUCCUAAAUCAGAUGCUCCAUCUGCAACUCGGACAUUAGAUUUGGCAUCAACAAUGGAAGUAGGAUCUGCUAAUGCUCGUCCAGCCAGUGAAGCUGAUGGCUACAAUCUUCGGUCGGUCCUUACUAUUGCUUUCCAAUUUACCUUUGAAAAUCAUACACGGGACAAUGUUGCUGCAAUGGCUCGCCAGUACGUGCGCAGUGUUGUUGGAUCCGUUCAGAGAGUUGCCAUGGCAAUUGCUCCUUCCAGGCUUAAUACCCAACUGGGUCCAAAGUCACUUCCUGGUUCACCAGAGGCCCUUACCUUAGCACGAUGGAUAUGUAGAAGCUACAGGAUCCACACUGGGACAGAGCUUUUUAGAGUCGAGUCCACAGCAGGAGGUGAUGCAAUCUUGAAGCAACUUUGGCACCACUCCGAUGCAAUUAUGUGCUGUUCUGUGAAAACAAAUGCAUCUCCGGUUUUCACCUUUGCUAAUCAAGCUGGGUUAGACAUGCUCGAAACUACUCUAGUCGCACUUCAAGACAUUAUGCUUGAUAAAGUGCUUGAUGAAUCUGGCAGGAAGAUUCUUUGCUCUGAGUUCUCCAAGAUAAUGCAUCAGGGUUUUACUUACUUACCAGGUGGGAUAUGUGUAUCAAGUAUGAAUCGGCCAGUGUCUUAUGAGCAGGCCAUUGCAUGGAAAGUCCUGAAUGAUGAUGAUUCUAAUCACUGCCUAGCCUUCAUGUUUAUGAAUUGGUCAGUAAUAGCCCUCUCCCUCGUCAUUCAACAAGAUAUGUUUGCGUCAUGGCAAACAUUCCACGUAAUGGGCAUGUGGGGAUGGACCAAAAAAGAAAAGGGGUAUGAAGAGUCCUCUAAUCUUGUCCAAGGAUAUGAUAUGAUGACUAUGUGCAAGAUGGGGUAA